AAUGAUUGUUGAUGAUAAAAGUGUGACGUGCUUAUGUUUGUGUGUUGCAGCGUGCGACUGCCACCCGAUCGGCGCGUCGGGGCGCACGUGCAACCAGACGAGCGGCCAGUGCCCGUGCAAGGACGGCGUCACGGGCGUGACGUGCAACCGCUGCGCCAAGGGCUACCAGCAGAGCCGCUCGCACAUCGCGCCCUGCGUCAAGAUCCCCAAGGUGCCGAACGUGAUGCAGGCGACGGCCAGCGACAGCGGCGAGGACGGCCCUCCAGGAUCCACAGACCGGGAGCAGUGCGGCAAGUGCAGCGCCGGGACCCGCCGCCUCAACCUCAUCAAGUUCUGCCGGCGAGACUAUGCAGGUGUUCAAGCGCGCUCGCGAGUCGCGGCUGCGGCGCGGCGCGCUCGACCUCUGGGUGCACGCGCACGACCUCGCCUGCAAGUGCCCCAAGGUCAAGGCCACCAAGACGUACCUGGUGCUGGGCCGCGAGGCAGAGGGCGGCCGCCCGGGGCUGACGCUCAGCCCGCGCUCCAUCGUCAUCGAGUGGCGCGACGAGUGGCGCCGGCGCAUGCGCCGCUUCCAGCAGCGCGCGCGCGACUGCCCCUAGGCGCCGCCAGCGCCCCACUCGCCCUCCACCCCCCCGCUGCAGCGACGCCGACGCCUCCGAGGACGGCCCUCGCUCAUCAUCGCAGACGGCGUCCUCGACACGCGCUCUGCGGUGGAAGUAGUUGCCACCUCCGACGACGGCGUUCUCGAUGUUCCACUGGCGUUUUGGGCUUCUAGAGAAGAUAUCUUCGGUUACGUCGGGAUGUACGACGUGAUUCCCCUAGCGGCAUUUCGCGACGUCCUCGUCAUCACUAUUGUCAAAGUCACUUUAUGUAAAUGUCGUUCUGCUGCCAAGUUAUUGUUACCAUCCUCUUUGCGUUUUAAUAAAAAAAUAGCUUGCUUCUGUGGAGUCGUGGACGUCGCUAAAAGGUUUGCAUGGGUGAGCGAUGUUAUGUGUCAACGUCGAUAUGAAAGAAUCUCGUAUCUCACGAAGUCCAGGCUUCGUUUGGCAGUGCACGCGUUUAACUGUGCCACCUACGCUCCCCUGGCAACGUUGAAGGUAGAUUAAUGUGCGCCAUCAAUUUUUCGUGCAGUGUAAAACAUUGGAUUUUGCAUAAAUUCCUCAUCAGAAGACGACGAUUACAAAAUAUUAGUCAUAUUUAUGCCCUCCAAAUGUGUUUUCUGGGCACCAACCGUCAGGUCUGCGGCGAAAACAAGUUAACAUCCUCUGUAUUAUAAACUCAAAGAAUAUUAAACCAAAGGCCUUUCUACGGCGUUUGAAUCAGUGCUUCACACAUCGGUUGACAUCGUUCUGGAGUGUGGAGUUGCGUAGUAGACUGAAAUCCGGGUGGCAAUCUUGCUGCUCCUGGAAGUCGCGUGAACGGACGACUUUCUGUAGCUACCAAUUGUUGUGUCUGUGUUCUUCAUUGUAGUUGGAACUGAUGAAUAGAAUCAACUGUACAUGAAAGAGAUCUUGGUUUACAGGGCUUACCAAACGUCAACAACCUUGUGGUCAACAUAGCCAGGGGCCGUUGAGGCUAAUAUUCAUCUCCGGAAAUGCGAGUUCCUGGCGGAAGGAAUUUUGUUACGUGAUGUGAAACACAUUUGGAAGAAAGUAAAUGCAAUUUGACCUCUGUCCAAAUGUUAUUUCAAGAUUCUUAUUCUUUGGCCAGUUCAAUAAUUCGAGUUACUCUGACAGGGCAUCACGAUCCAGGGAGACAAACUCAAAUCCCUGAAUGUUUAAAUCAAGUCGUAAAUAAACAGAAAAACGAGACGUAGAACUGAAACUCAGUGGCAUUGAUGAUUUUUCGUAUUAGGUGAAAUGUACAGAGAAAAAAUGGGUAGUGAAGAUUUUUCAAAAUAUCUUACAGGAGAUAAACCUUUCUAAAUUAUUUGUGACUUUGAUCUUGAAAUAUUCAAUGCAUUUGAAAAUUAUCGGAUGACAUGUUUAUAUUUAAAAAUUCUCAUACUAGAUUUCCUCGAAAUAGUUAUAAUUUUGUUUUCAUAUAAUCCUAUUCCUCCAUCAACCAUUUUGAACCACACUUUUGUAUAAUGUCUAAUGCAACGCAAUUCUUCUCAAUA